AUGAGGCAGUCGUCAGAUGGGCGUGUAUACAUACAGGCAUACAUACCAGAUCUUCUCGUAGCACAGACGGGAGAGAAGUGUGUGCAUGUGUGCUGCAUGGUGUCGAUGAUGUACGUAUAUGGAUCCAUCUGCAUGGUGUCGAUGAUGUACGUAUAUGGAUCCAUCUGCAUGGUGUCGAUGAUGUACGUAUAUGGAUCCAUCUGCAUGGUGUCGAUGAUGUACGUAUAUGGAUCCAUCUGCAUGGUGUCGAUGAUGUACGUAUAUGGAAUUGUAUAGCGAGGGAAGAACGAGCGGUGGAGUAGCGCGGACAGGCAGUGGCUGAUCUUUGCUUUGUCCAAACGCUCCGUUUCUGUCUUUGUGAUGCUUUUAUGGAUACUUUUGCUGAAUUGAACGAUCUACAAGUAAUAAGGUUGCCCAUGUGCCUAUCUAUCACCUCGCUAUGUACGACGGUUUCAAAUAAUAAAAAGGGUUCGAUGGUGCGAAAUCGGGUAGUGCUUAGCAGGGCCAUGUACUGAGCCUGGACUUUUGCGCACCCUCUUUCGGAAAAUGCACGUGUGUUGUGCGUUUUCCUGAAACAGGUGUCCAUGCGUGUGCGUGUUUAUGUGCGAAUGUGUGCGUUUGUUUGUUUGUAUGUAAGUAUGCCACACUG